UUUAUUUUUACGCAGAUGUCGGAUUUGUUUGAUCUUUAUUACCCUGUUGAGAUCAACAACUCGAUGUCGGUGGAGGAGAAAAUCCCUCACAUGGAGGAAUGGGUGUUGUGUGUGCAUUUAAGGGUGAUGUGAUCCACACGUUUAAUAAAAGACAGGGCGCUCUACAGAACACACAGCAGUUCGUACACGACCGCAGCAACGUGCUGCUGCUGGGAGAUUCGCUGGGAGACCUGGACAUGGCCGACGGCGUGCAGGGCCUCCGCAACAUCCUGCGCAUCGGCUACCUCAACGACAAGGUCGAGGAGAGGAGGGAGGCGUACGUCAGGUCUUACGACAUCGUGCUGGAGAAGGACGAGACGCUGGACGUCCCAAACGCAAUAAUUAAUUACCACACAGCGGAGAAACGAGACCACGCGACCGUCUGAAAGGUCACCCAGCCAAUGGGAAACCAGCAUCCCAGCCAGUGGCCAAUCAGAAUUAAGCUGGGGUUCGGAUCAUCCGUAAUAGCGUGUCUUUUAUUAUUUUUUCCCCUCAGAUUUUAUAUUAUUUUUUAUACAUUUUUAAAUUGGGUGAGUUUCUCAUAUCUAAACAUUUGAGAUAUUUUCUCUUGUACAUUAAAACGUCCAUCUCCACUCGACGCUGUAAUCUCGUACAGGAGAUAAACUCGUAUGUUAUUCACAACGGAACAUAGAAAACAUAUUAAAAUGUUUAAACUGAGGGAAUGGACCGUUUUAAGGGGAAAAUAAGGUCACUUUGAGUUUGAUGGCCGCAACACGUCUCAAAAAGUCGGGACUGGGGCAACGCAAGGCUCUUUUUAUACUCAAUCACGUUUCUGACCUGUCGCCAGUUUACCUCCAGCUGUUUCUUUCCAGUAGCACUUUACUUUUCCAGCCUUUUGUUGCCUUCCAUUUGUGUAAUGUACAUUAUAAGAGAAUUAAAAUGUGUUUUUGACCUUGGAUACACUAAAACAUGGACCAACUGAAUAUUUUGCGCACAGAAAAAGAAUUCUGUACCUUUUUUCAGUUGUACUUUUAUUUUUAAAAAUCUCAUUUUAAGAACUUGCAUACUGUCUUCUUUUUUU